AUGGAUCCCCUCUUCGACCUGCCCUCUCUCGGGACCUCUCGCCAGUUCAACGUCAUGACCGACGAGGAGCGCAAGGCUCUGUUGACUAUGAGCGCUAUGGACAAGACUGGGUGGGCACCUGAAUCGUUCAGAGACGGUCCUUGGGGUAUCGCCGACGAUCCGCAGCACCCGUGGCGACACAAAGACGUGCCGGGCUUCUUAGGCAAGCUUGGCUACGGCACCGUGCAUAGAAUGCCUGAAAUCAUCGACGAGAGGAGGGCUAGAGCAUUGGGAAAGCUUUGGAGGGACGAGGUUUGGGGCGCCUUUCUUCCUCUGAACGAAAACAUUAGACGAGAUGGGGAUCUCAUCAUCUAUAUCUUGGCCAACGAGCAAGUCCUUCCCGACCACGAAAUCUCCACGUUGCUGUCCAAUGCCUGGGAAAAUACCAAGAGAAUGCCUCUCUACGCACCACUGUUUGGUCAGACUUCGGUCACUGAAGACGCUCCCGAAGGUUAUCGCGAUUACCUGAGUCACUGGCGAGGCACCGUCCGACACGAUUGCAAGGCAGAAGCUGAUCCCAGCAGCAACAGCCAAAAAGCAGACAAGGCUAGCUGGACACGCCCGCUGCUUGAUGUCAAGAUCAAGGAGCCACAGAUAUUCAACGACUUUGUCGCUCGCAACAUGCUCGCACUCACUAUCCCGUGGCUUCACACAAAGCAUCUCCUCAAUCGGCACACGCUCUGGAGGGUCAUCAUGGAUCGAUGUACUGCGCAGCCAUACGACUUGAGUCGAAUAGACUGGAUUGCAUCCCACCUUGCUCGCUCAACACAUCUCGCCGUUCCACCGUAUCGAGAUGGAUGGUUCAUGGGGUUCCCGAACUUAGAGAUUGGUAACAAGUAUUGGACCAGCCUCGAACAGAUCAGCACCCAAACCAUACCCACUGAUGCUCGGGUGCACUGGCAUGGUCUCAAUAUUAUUGACCCAGGCCCUAAAGAGCUUCGAGAUCCUCGCUUCGUGGCCCUGCGUGAUAGCGGCCUCGUGUACCCUUGGGGCGAGGGUCUCCUUCUUCUCCAGUGUCAAGGAGCUAUUUCUCGCUUCAUGGAAAAUCUAGUCCCAUCUCUUCUUGAAAGACUAGCGUUAUCUAACGAAUGGCCAAAGAAGAUGCUGAAGCCGCUGAUGAGCAUAGAUCCCUAUGCGAAUGAGGCCGAGGAAGCAUCGGUCAUUGAACCUGGACUCUUCGGCCCCGACACUCAAAAGCGCAUGAUGAGCUUGAUUAUGCUGGACAAUGUCCAUCUGAGACGUUUCGCUACCAAAAGGCUAGGUUGGCUUACCUGGGAUGACCCUGAUUAUCGACCUGUGGGGGCUUCGCCUACUUCACGAGCUGCCGCGUUCAGAGACUAUUCCCUAUCCCUCUACCGCGCCUUAGCCGAGCUCAGGCAUAAUCCGAUCGUAUUCAGGAAAUUCUUUGCCGCCGUGAUGGAGGCACAUCCCGGCGGCGUACCAGAGAAUGUAGCUGCCGCAGCCUCAUGGGAAGCGAAGAGGGACAGAAAGCUGAGGGAAAAGGCAAGGAAGAAGCGCGGUGGUGCCGGUGCUGGUAAUGCCGGCACUGCUGCUGUCGCCAGAGUGUCUCCUGAAGCUCCUGCUGGUGGCGAGCUUGCAAAGGUUGACGCUGCGGAAGAUGGCGAUCGGGUAGACUUUGCGAGUGCCACAGCAAAAGAUUGUCUCGAGUCAGACAAGGAGGUCAACUUCCUGGCCGAUCCGCUUCCAGGCCCUAAAUCGCGUGUGUCGUGGGAUUCUCUACUGGCACACCUACGACGAUUUGCGGAGAUUCUCAAAACGCUGCUUGUGGACGAUGGUUUGCUUCACUCGUCACCUUGGAUUAGGCAGAACUUUCAACGCGAGACUUGCAAUGGAGAGUGGGAGUCGAGAGCUGCCGUGGGGAUGUCACACAUGACCCCGUGGGCACUUCCUACUACUUUUCUUCCUUUUGAACAUCGUUUCGCACGCAACAUCGGCGCACUCCAGCGGGACGAGCAGGCCCUGGUCGACGAUUUGCAGCUACUCAACCACGGAGACGGAGAGGCUGCUGGAUUCAUCGGCAUGUGGCGUGUCAUUCAUGAGAUGGCCAACAACGUGGGAGACAUGUCGGAGCGUGGCUACUUUGAGAGCCAAAAUACUAGGGGUCUUGCGAAUACUCUGCACCAUCGAUGGAUCAUGGAACGGUACGGUGGCGCCGGACGGUAUACACCAGGACGUUUCCGACCGUCCACGAGCCAAAGCCACCAAGAGCAUGAGAUUUACAGGGCCAGAGUGCGCACGAGGCUCACCCAGACCGACUGGCUGACGGUAGAGCGCACCUUUGGCCACGACACUGGCGGCAUCACGUGGCACGACUGGUGCAAGCUUGUCACGCACAUGGGCUUUCAGAUGCAGCCGAUGGGCGGCUCUAUUUUCAAGUUCACCUACACCAGCGCCAGCAUGCUUUUAAAUGGCCAAGGCCAGGCAGGAUGGAGGGACCAUACGACCCUUCACAUGCAGCAUGGGUCGGGCAAUACCACGCUGAGGCCCCAGGUGGCGCGCAGCUAUGCCACUCGCUUCUAUGCGUCGUUCGGUGUAACGAGGGACACUAUUGCUGAAGCAUACAGCACCCACGCCGAUCCCGACCCCGAGCCAGACGCCGAGGAGGAUGUCGACGAGUCGGAUGGCGAGCGCAAGCGGAACAGGAAGCGGAAGAGACAGAAGGAAAGGUUUGACAGGUGGCUGAAGGCGCAGCCUCCAGUCGGUCACGGUGGUAAUGGGCCACCAGCCAGGCAAUUGGAGAUCCCCAUGGUCAUGCUCGAUGCAGACAUCGAGGAUGGGCCGGACGACGAAGAUGGGGGCGAGGAGGAGGCUACCGGACUAGCCGCUCUCGAUAUCAACGCCAGGAUGGCCAGGAUGCACGCCGCGCGCGAGGGCGGCUAUCUGUCACGUACGGAACAGGGGCGUGAGGGGGAGGAGGACUACGAUGAGACGGUCGACGAAGAGCUUGCAGAAUCUGACGAGGUGGAUGGGUCACCUCAAGAGAACGUUGAAGAGAAGUAUGAGGAUGAGGAGACAGAUGAGGAGGAACGCCCACGAAAGAGAACUGCGAAGAAGACCGUAUUUCUCACCCCAUUGUCGUCACGGCUGUACACGCUCGACGUCGCACGCGGCCGAUUCGGCGGCGGUGGCAGAUCCCCCAUCUGCGACAGCGGGGAGACGGGUCGCAGCCACAGCAUCGGUUGCUUCAGCCGUGGCCGGCUGGCCAUGGGCUGUUGGCGGCUUGGAGCUCGACUGAAGACUGUGCAGAAGAGCAGGGAGGCGGCUGAUAGGAUGAUGAUGGCGAGGGCGCCAAAAGCGACGGCGAUGACAUUGGCGCUGUGGACAUCCAUUGCGUGGCUCUCUUCUUGUCUCGUUCCAGGGCACGAUCGAAUCCCCGUGCUCACACCCCGGGGCCGCAUCGUCUUAUACAAGUGUCCCAACGCCGCAGAUCAAGGGGUGUCGAUGAGGUCAGACUUUCCCGGUCAGGGGCAAGCCUUCGACGAGCUAGAGCUGUUGACGUUCAACGCCACCCUUUUUUCUUUGUCUGAGAAGGGGGGCAGCACACGUUCUACUGGUUGUGCCGUCCGCGGCGUUCACGGCUCAGGGGUGAGCGGGAUGCCGUCCGUUGCCAGCCCCUGGCUGAAUAUGGGCAUCGGGAACGAGUUCUAA